GGCCUUCCUCUGUCGAUUUUGACCCUUUUAAUGAAGACCUAACCUAACCUAAUUUAAACAAACACAGGGAUAAGUGUGUUGGAUAGCUAUUAGCUCCACCUCCAACCAUUAACGCUCAUCUUACCAAAUUUUAAUCUGAGUAAGUGAACGUUUCGAGCAGUUAAAAUUUAAAGUAUUAAUCACGAUUAAAACAAUGAGUUUCAAACCAUUUAUGGUCGUUAAUUUCUUUUCGCUCACCACUAUAUUCAUGGUUCUUAUGCCAUCUUUAUCCCACCAAUAUACUGGUUCUGGUCUUGGUGCUGGUUCAGCUUUUGGUCCUGUUGCUGGUUCAGGUUUUGGUUCUGGUGCUGGUUCUGGUGGUUAUGGUCAGGGUUCUGGUGCUGGUUCUGGUUCUGGUACUGGUGCUGAUUCAGGUUUUGGUCCUGGGGCUGGUCCUGGUGGUUCUGGUCAGGGUUCUGGUGCUGGUGCUGGUUCAGCUUUUGGUGCUGGUUCUGGUGCUGGUUCUGGUGCUGGUUCUGGUGCUGGUUCUGGUGCUGGUUCUGGUGCUGGUUCUGGUGCUGGUUCUGGUUAUGGUCAGGGUUCUGGUGGUUGUAGUCAGGGUUCUGGUGCUGGUGCUGGUGCUGGUGCUGGUUCUGGUGCUGGUGGUUAUGGUUAUGGUCAGGGUGCUGCUGCUGCUGCUGCUGCUGCUAGAGGUCAGUCUCAAAGGGGAGUUUCAACAACCUCCACCAACCAAACAUCCUUAGCUAUUGAAAACUUUCAGCAAUUUGGAUCUCAAUUGAGAUAGUAAAUCAAUUCAUUUUGUUCGAAAAUUGAGUUUUGUUGUACACCGAAGUUAUUUAGUAUAAAUUUUAUUAGAAAAUAGAAUAAAACUGAUUCGGAUACAACACAAGUUUAGUUUUGUCGAUGAAACAAAUGAAAUAAGACAAUUUAUCUUAGUAUAUAAAAUAAAAAGAAUAGAAAAUGUAAAAAGUUUAAGAAACUUUACUUGACUCUUAAUAAAAUGUGAGUGUCGUUAGAAAGGAAAAGCUUGGGUUUUUAAAGGAAGAAAAUAGCCGUCAUCAUUCAAUCAUUCGAUUUAGUUAAAUUACUAACUAUUUAUGUGUCUAAUUAAUUAAUAUUAUAAAUAAUAAAAAUCUAAAUCUGCUUCUUGAUGAUAAAAUUUCUUUUCAUGACCUUACAUACAUUAUGAAAUAUUAUCA